AUGUCGAACACACAAUACGCAUUGUACGGAAAGCAAAGAGUCAACAGGAACAAGGCAAAUUUCGGCCAGCAACAAGGACAGAUGGCACCGGAAAAGCCCAAUGGCUUACCUCAGCCAAGAGAAAACCUGGAAGUAUGCAGGCCGCUAAGAGGACAAAGGGCACCGGAACAACUAGGACCAGUUGGAAAUACCAGGCUUGGCAUUGCCAGGUGCAAUGCCAAGCCUAAACAGGAAACGGGAAGACAACCGGAACCAGUGGCUUUACAUCAGCAUGGAGCAAGACCCGUCCAACUGGGAUUGACUGCAAUUGAGGAACCCGAGGAAAGUCCUCAAGAGAAGCAGAUAAUCACCCUGAAGAACUUCGCCGCACAGCUGAAGUCCCUCAGCAUGGCCAUCCACACAAGCCAGGUAGAGAUCCAAGGCUGGGAACAACUGGACAUUGUUCACAAGAGAUCUCAACAAUUUAACUCAGAGAAAAUCGCCACCAUGAAAGAAUGUGACACCCUCAAGAAACAAGUCAGGGUGCUCCAGGACAAGGCUCAAAACCACAGCAUGUUCCAGAACCUCCUCAAAACAGCAAAAGAGGAGAAAGAACAGAUGGACAGUGAGCGGGACGGUCUGAUGCAGAAAAUGGAGGAACAGCAGGAGAAGUUCAGGAGCUUCCAGCAGCUGAAGCUUGACUGUGAACAGGCCAGACAGGAGAAUGUGGAGAUCAAGGGAAAUAUCAAGGUCCUGGAAUUUAAACUUCAAGGAGAGUUUGCUUUGGAGGAAGCGCUCUUCAACCGCUCAACAGCUGAUAAGGAGGCGAUCGACCAAGAGAACCUCGCACUGAAACUUCACUUCCAGGAGCUGCAGACCCAAGUCCAGCUGGGAGAAGCCAUCAAGAAGCAAAACCUGGCAGUGCAAAUUACCGUUGCAGAGGCCCACCUUCAGAAUGAGGAUCUGCAGAAGGAAGUACAGCUCCUCAACCAAAGGCUUGAUGAGGUGAAGGUCUUGAAGAGCGAGGGCAAAGAAACACUAGCCCGCUCUAAAGCUUUGGAAACAGCCAAUGCUGGCCUGAACCAUCGGAUCCAGGAGCAGAUCCAGGAGCUGCAGACACAAGUCCAGCUGGGGGAAGCAUUCAAGGAGGAAACCCUGGUGGUACAAGCUUCCAAUGAGGAAGCCGACCUUCAGAAUGCGACUCUGCAGCAGGAAGUACAGCUCCUCAAGCACAAGCUUGAUGAGGUGAAGGUCUGGAAGAGCGAGGGCAGAAAAACACAGGCCCGCUCUCAAGCUUUGGAAACAGCCAACGCUCGCCUGAACCAUCGGAUCCAGAAGAUGCAGAGACAAGUCCAGCUGGGAGAAGCAUUCAAGAAGGAAACCCUGGUGGUACAAGCUUCCAAUGUGGAGGCCCGCCUUCAGAAUACGGCUCUGCAGCAGGAAGUACAGCUCCUCAACCACACGCUUGAUGAGUUGAAGCUCUGGAGGAGCGUGGCCAGCGAAACACAGGCCCGCUCGGAAGCUUUGGAAAUAGACAAUGCUCGCCUGAACCAGCAGAUCCAGGAGCUGGAGACACAAGUCCAGCUGGGAGAAACAUUCAAGAAGGAAACCCUGGUGGUACAAGCUUCCAAUGAGGAGGCCGACCUUCAGAAUGCAGCUCUGCAGCAGGAAGUCCAGCUCCUAAACCAGAAGCUUGAUGAGGUGAAGCUCUGGACGAUUGUCGGCAGCGAAACACAGGCCCGCUCGGAAGCUUUGGAAAUAGACAACGCUGGUCUCAACCAGCAGAUCCAGGCUGCCAACGAACAGCUGGAGAUCGGAGACUAUUUCAGGUGCAACAUCUCUGUCCUGGAAGAUAAGGAGAGAACCCUGGUGGAGGAGAACGGAGUGUUGUUUGAGACACACUCAAAGGCCAUCCUCAGGCUCCUCCAACAAGAAGACUACAAGAGGAAGUUCGAUGUUCUCAAAGAAAAGACCGACUCCUUGAAGCUACAAAUCACGGAGAAGUCAGAAACCAUCCAGGGUUUAAACAACGGCCUGGAGGUUCUGAUGGAAGUCAAGAAGAACUACAAAGCCCUGAAGCCAGAGAAGGCUGCUCUGAUCAGGCAGAACAAAGCUGUGCAGAAGAACCUUCGGGUCCUGGAGAAAAAGGUCUCCCACGAACAGACCUACGCUGGAAAAAAUGCUGUGCUUCAGUCAGAGAUGGUGGCCCUGAACCUCGCAAAGGACAAUCUUCAGGAGCAGGUGAAGGAGCUGAGGGAAUAAUUCAGAAAUCAAAGCUGUGGCGAUGUGCGGGUCCUUGUUCCUCUGUCGGGGGUGCUGGCUAG